UCAGCUGCUUUCCUGACUUUCAGGCACGACCACCAGGAGGUCAGAAUACAUCCGAGAAGCAAGAUGAGCGCAUUUCCUCUCCGUCCGCCGUGCCCUCGGCCCAACACCAUCUCGGAAGCUAAUGGGGGAGCCGAGCAGGAGAUCAGACAGCUCGCUGCCGCCCGCCGGGGCACGGCUCGGCUCCUAGGGCUGCCGGGGGUGGUUUGAAGGAGGAGAGGAACAGCAAACCAAGGAGCGGCACAGCGGGCCGGGCGGGGCGGGCUCCUGCCCCUCGCAGCGCGGAGCCGCCGCCGCGCCGACAGCGCCGGUGUGCGCCGAGCCCCGGGAGCGGGGCCGCCGACCCGGCCCGACCCGGCCCGGCCCGGCCCGGUGAGUCUGUCCGGGGCCGCGGGGAGCCGGAGCGCGCCCGGCGCUCAGGGGGACGCGGGUCGGGACGGAGCGGCGGCGCGGGCUGCCCGCGGCGGGUCGCGUUGGGGUGCCUGUCCCUGGGUUCUCUUGACGGGACUUCCUGGCUGUGCUUCAGUGGCGGGUGACUGAAUUUAGUCUUCUCUGCAUCAGGGUGAUAGUAGUAAUGCAAAGUUUAAUGAGCACCUGCAAAGCUGUGUAGCAGGGAUGCCCGUGGGACUCUUCCGGGUGUGCCUACUGGUGAUUACAGCUAUUGUCAACCACCCGCUCUUCUUCCCUAAGGAGAAUGGCACCGUCCCCGAGAACACAGAAGAAAUCAUCCAGAAGAUGAAGGAGCGGGAGGAGAGCCUGCGGCUGGAGCAGUUGCGCUUGGAGCAGGAAAUCGCAGACCAGGAAGCCACACAGAAGGCUCUGGAAAAGGCUACAGUGGUAGUGGAGGAAAGCAAAGAAGAAAAGGUCCGAUGGGAUAUGUGGACUGCCCUCUCCAUGGUCAUCUUCCUGCUGAUUGAGCUCUGGAGGCAGGAUUUCCAGGAAGGGAAUUGGCAGGACAUAGGAGGAGAAGAGGAUGACAUGGCAGUCCUGGGGAAGGCAUUUAAAGGAGUGGCCUUCCCUGACAAGGCUGUCCUGGCCAGCUUCUAUGAGAAGCGUAUCCUGGGUACCACUGGAGACAUGGCCAGGAUGCGGGAGAUGGUGGAAGGCUUUGCAGAUGACCUGCUGGAGGCCUUGAGGAGUGUUUGUAACCGGGAUGCUGACAUGGAAGUGGAAGAUUGCAUGGGUGUGGGGAGCAUGUAUGAGAAUUGGAGAGUGCGUAAACCCUUCGUCUGUGAUCUGAUAGUGCCUUUUGCCCCCCCAGAGCCUUACUGCUUUUGCUGCCAGACCUGGUGCUCUGGUGACUCUUUUCCCCCAGAUGAACAAGGUUAUGGCACUAUCAAGGUGUGCAGGGCAGAUGAGGAUGCAAUGGGUUGCAUCUGUGACAAGACUAAAUUAGGGGAAGAUAUGCUGUGCCUCCUCCAUAGCCAGGUCAGUAAUACCAGGCCCAGCAGUGAGAUGGAAGACCUCCUGUGUUUCAAAAAUACUCAAUAUCUGGAUGCCAACCAAGUCAUGAAGUGGUUCCAGAUUGCUGUCACCAAGGCCUGGAACAGAAUCUCCCACAAAUAUGAAUUUGACCUUUCCUUCAGCCUCCUGGACUCACCAGGAGCCCUGAAGAUAAAAUUUAAAUCGGGGAAGUCGAUUGCCUUCAACCUCACCCCUGUGGUGCAGUAUGAGAACUCUGACGUUUACUUCAUCUCCCACUUUCCCCGGAGCAGCCUGGCAGCAGACACCCCCUCCAGCACCCACUGGUUUCUCACCUUUGCAGUGUAUGAGAGGAGGUUCAUCCAGCUGGUCUCCAAAACACUGCCUGCCAAUGCCUGCCACGUCAGCUGCCUUCAGAUCCUCUCCUUCCUCCAUGGGAAGCAAUGCAGCCUCACAGGUCCCAGCGGGCUCACCAACUACCACCUGAAGACAGUGCUGCUGCAUCUCCUGCAGGCACGUCCCAGUCAGGACUGGGCCCCAGAAAAGCUGGAGGCCCGCCUUCAGGACAUGCUGAAAUUCCUAGAGAAAUGUUUGCAUGAAAAGAAGCUUUAUCACUUCUUUAUUGGCAAUGGGAAGAUACCAGCAGAGCUGGGUUUCCCCAUCAUAUUUCAGAGGGCUGAGCCUAUCAACCUUUUCCGUCCCUUUGUGCUACGCAGGGACAUUUACAGGAAGAUGGUGGACACAUUCCAUGAGAUGCUGAGGAACAUGUCUGCACUGAUAAAUGAGUACACAGUGCACAUUCCCCUUGCACACACCAAUGGGAUCCGUAAGGAACCCCUUUAACCAAAGCCAAACUCUAAGCACAAGUCCAGAGGCAACUUUCUGAAGCCUUCUGGAGGCAUCUGACUUUGCCUCCAGGAGGAGAGCUUCUUGUCUGGAGCUGAACCAGUCCUGGGCCAUGGCUCCUGCUGAAAGGAAGAGGCUAUAGGGGGAGGAUAGGGGGAAACUGGAAGAUGUGGUGUUGAAGUAGGUUUCUGUUCCACUGCUGUGCUUGGUUUUAUGCAGCUAAGAAUAUAUUUUUUCUAUUGUGCCUCAGUCAUGCUACAGCAGCAAAUAUAAUUUAUUCAGAUGCCUGCAAUGCAAAUGGGGGUGGGGGUGUGAUGGUGGCCAAAUACUUCAUUUCCUUCAGAAGGGGGAGAUAAGAAUAGGGUGGGAGAAUCAGGGACAGGAUCUUGGGAUCAAAGGAGCCUGUCUGCUUCCAGACAACGGGAGUUCUUUCACCAGUGGGAAGUGCAACGAGUCUACAUGCUGGUGUGGAGAGGAGGAGGGUCAUGCACAAGAUCUGGACUGGAUGGAGAGUCUUAAACAAAGCACAGCUUCAAAACGGAACUGUAGUUAAAAAAGAAGAAGAAGAAGAAGAAGAGGAAGAAGAAGAAGUCGUCUUGAUUGGACUUGCAGCAGUAACUUAAAUGGCUUGUCCUGUCUUUCAGAAGCACCCCUGCACAUUUUUCCUCCUGUGGGAGGAUGUAGCAGAGCAGGGUCUGUGUCUUCAGACCAUUUCAUUCAAGUCUUCCAUGGUAACAUGGCUAGUGGUUUAUAUUCCUGCCCAUUUUGUAUGGAUCAAUGAACAGGAACCUUUUUUACCUUAGAUAAAAGAAACACCGCUAUUGGUUCUGGCCUUUUGAGUUGUUUGUUUGUUAUCCUUACCUUGGGGCACUAAGGCAUGAGAACAGCCUAGUUCUCAAAGCAAAGCAAGCAAAAAGCAAAAAAGUUCUCAAAAAGCAAAGCAGGGCUUGAACUAUAUGAUCUUUGGAGGUUCCUUCCAGCCCAAACAAUUCUGAUUCUAUGACUGCUGUAAGUUUUGCUUUCAUUAAAGAAACAAUUCUCCAAAAUUAUCCUGUAAUGAAGCCAAUCUCAGAAGUCUGGUAGCAGGAGUGAACAAUCACCCUCCAAAUGAGUGUGACUCUCUGCACAUGGUUUUAAUUAGGCCAAGACCAGCAGGCAGGAGAAGGAAGGGAUGAAAAAGAUGCACAUGUAGUAGACCUGAGCAGUGUUGCUUGCAGCUGCCUUAUGAUCUGUGUUGCAUCCCUUCUGUUCCACAGAUGCAGGCAAAAGCCACUUUAUACAUUCUCCUCAAUCUUUCAAAGACUGCUGCACUAGUAGACUGUAAUUUGCUGAGCUGGGAGUGCAAAGGAGGAGAGCUGCUGCAGGCUUUCAGACCAGGGGAAAAUCUUGAGGUAUGUGCUAAAAAAAAACAACUGCAGAAAUGGAAAUGCCUGAAAUCCCACAGGAAGCAGGUUAGUGCUGUGCCAGUGGGCUGCCCAGCCCCAGCAAGGUGGCUUUGCUGAAGGAGAGGACUCAGGAGAUCCUUACCCUCCUGAGUGUGGGCUCCAAGCCAGGGACACUGUGUGAUUGCUUUAUGCUGGUCCCAGAAGCCUGGCCUCCAGUGCUAAGGGGUCUUUCCUACCAUUUUUUCACACUAGGAUUUCCCACAAAGUUUUACACUAGGGUUCCCUUAAUCCUGUUUACAAGAGGGUGAUUGUUCUGUGAGGUAAAACCCAUCAGGAAUGCUUUUACUGUCACUCCAUAGGUCCUUUUUUAUCAAUCCUCUCUAUCACAUCAGAGAGAAGAUCCAAUCUUGUAUCACUGCUGGGGACAGCAUAAAACAUGAAGCUUGUUAUCCAGCCUUAUCCAGUUGAUAAGCAAACUCUCCAUAGACAUGUCCUCUCUUCUCUUUUCCUGGGAAAAACUUUUACCACCUCAUUGGUGUCUGCACUUCUCUGACCUGCCACCAGUGUGGGACACUUCUCACCCAAAGGCAGAGAAGCUGUGACUCCUGUCUCCACAGCAGGUUUAUAAGAAAGCACAGAUGGUGAUGGAGCUAUGCUCAAAGUGCUGCUUCCCUUGGCUUUAAUUACUACAGGUAGUUAAGUAGGAUCUCUGAACAGAAAGUAAGGGGAAGGUAGGAAUGGAGGAGAAGAGGCUGGUGGGUAAUGCCAGUAGGAAAAAGUCUUGGAUCAUCAUUGCUUGCUUCAGCAUCCUUGGUGAUGAGUGCGCGGGAGACUGCCAGGAGAGCAACAGGGCGGGACUAAUUGCUGACGCUAACGAGUGCUGUAAAUCCCUGGCUUUCUUUAGUACAGCCAAGAAGGCUUUCCCCAGUAGGAAAGAGAGCAGGAGCAGCACUCUUAGGGGCCAUGGCAAGCAGGUAGUGACAAGCAGAGGUACAGGGAGGGUGGGUCAGUACUGGAGCCUAGAGGCUACAUCAGAAGCUGUGUAAGUCGUUUGCAAACCCAGGUGAUUUGCCACUUUUACCUUCCCAGGUUUACUGCAAAGUGCCUGUAGCAAAUCCAGCUUUACGUGGAUUGCUGGCAGGCAGGUCACACUGGAGCAGUUGUGGUUGAAGUUGUUUCUAAAUGUGCUCCCAGCCCAGCCAGAGAGAAUUAGAAUUUCUCUGCCGUUUCCUGUCAGUAGUCUAAAUUUAGUCUGCAAAGAACAGAAACAAAUUUGUGACCCGGGUCUCUCAGGAAAUGACAUUCAGAGUUGAAAAAUAACUUUUAUAUAAGGUUGAGCAGGGGGAGCAUGAGAAGAAAAGGCUGUUAAACAGAAUAAGGUAACUCCCCUAUUAAAAUGUCAGAACAAAGCUUUGCAAUACCAGUUGCAAUGGGCUUGUAAACGUGCCCAAACUCGUCUUUACACAGCCCCAAGUACUGCUGCUCAGACUCAAAGGGAACCUGAACUGAUAAGUGGAUUGAAUCUUUUGUUCUUUGUUUUCUGUACUUGUAUGCCUGUUCUCUCCUACACCCAAACUGACCCUGAAGUAUUCCCAUGGGAUUUAAUUGAACAGGAGCUGGAGCUGAAUCAAGUAAUUUAUGGAUUUAAUUCCACUGAAAGCAAAUUAUUUGGCUUAUUUUUCCUACAUGCAAUAUGCUCAUUUUGACCUGAGCACCUUUAAAGUGGUCUGGUCGGUGCAUUUAGGCUGUGAGGGGUCACACUCAUACCUGUUGGGGGGAAACGUUAUCUGUGAUUAUAACUGUGCUCCAGUCAACCUCAGAGUGGAGAUCUUCCUUGCAAACUGAAGGUGCAGAUGUGUCCCAUCAGAGGAGAGGUUGGUACACAGUGUUUCUUUUGACCACACCUCUGCCAUGGUACAAGGAGGCCGUGACGUGAAGCACAUCAUUCCUUGGACUUCGACGUCUCUCCUGGAUCAAAUCUUUGCCCACCAAAUACUAGCCUGCUAGUAGAAGCCCAUGCUCACAUUUCACAAAAUAAGGUUUAUUAGACAAUUCAGUUCCAUCAGCUGCCAGCCAGUAAAAAUGUCCUAAGACAUUUUAGUGUUGCCCAUGGCAGUUCUGCCUUGAUUGAAAUCUGGGUGGGUAAUCAUAGGAAGCAGCUUUAAAGGAUGGGAGUAAAAGUGAGAUUUUUGUGGUUUAAAGUGGAAAACAUUCUUUUAAAACCAAACUGCAUAUGGCAGCUGAGUAACAAACACCUCUUUGACAAUGCCUGUAUCUGUAUGGGACAUCCUAAGGAAAGGUAAACGGCCUGUCCUGGACCCUCAAUACCAUCCUUGCCCUUUGCUAACCAAGUGAACUCAACAGAUGAACUCCAAGUGCUUUCCACUGGUUUCCAACCACUCCCUGUGCCCUCAACUUGUGGUUUUAAUAUUUUAUUACAGACUCUGUCAAAGCAAUGGAAUUAAUGGUGGGUUGAUAGAAACCACUGAUCUACAGCAUAGCCUCAGAGCCAUUUGCCUUUACAAAAUGUCUUGGUCUAAGGUUAUUUUUGCUGUACAGGAGCUGAAUGUCUUCUAAGGGGAGGUGUUAGGUGUUCAGUGUUAAGCAGCCCCAGAAAAGAGUUUCUCUCCAAGUUGCUCUUUAUACAGGGGUAUAAAGAUGUAAUUUAGCAAAAUGAUCCAAAAAUUUAUCCAGUAUUCAAGCAGCAGGAUUUGGUGUUUGUCCACCAGCCAUUUUUAAUGCAAAGUCUUUGCAGUGCUUUCUCUGUGGUGAAGAAAUGAGGCAUUAGGCACCUGUAACAGCUUUGCUGCUGCUCAGUGAGGGGUUGGCUCUCAUAAGACCUUACCUGGUAAAACAGCUUUAUUUAUUACUUGUCUCUUUUUAGAACUGGGCGGGGGAGGGUCUGUGUAUAACAUGUUAGCUCAGGAGCAACACUGUACAGAGAUCAAUCUUGGCAGUGCAGCCAAGAUGGGCAAUAACACCAGAACUCUCCAGACUAAGGUCUUCUUUGAUUGACAAUGCUGUACUUAAACCGCUGCUUCUAUAGCAGGACACUGUUGAAUUUUUAUAGAUUUUCUCAUGCAGCUUUAUUUAUAAUAAAGGGAGUCUUGUACAAAAUCUAAAUGAGCAAUGAGUUUCU